CCCUGACGCUGACGCGCACUCGGGAGCGCGCACUCCGGAGUGGUUGACUCUCCUCAUCAUAAAGAAGCAAGAGACAGUCCGGAUGCUCGGCACAUCCCGGAGAGCGGACUACAGAGCUGCUGCUGCGCUGCGUUUCGGUCCUGUCCUGCUGCCAACCUGCAGCCAUAUGAGCGAACUGCUGUUUGAGGCUUAAAUAACAUCAGAGGAAAACAAGGAGAAACAAACACAAAUAGGUGGUGUUGUGCUGGACAGACAAUGGCUCUCUCCUGGAGUAUGUUGCUGCUGUUUGCCACCCUGGCACUGUCAUACAGCGCUGAGCAUGGAGCUCCUCAUGGCAAGAGGAGGCAGGCGCAGACCUCAGCAGGUGGCAGCAAUGCCCUACAGCACCGCUCGCAAGGUCUACAGGGCCACGGAUAUAGCAGGAACCGCAGAGGGCACGGCGGCCGGGGUGCCAAGGCUGGAGCUGGGCUGCUAUCUCACAGGCCCCUGCAACCCUUGGCCAGACCUGAGGAUGAUGGGACAGGCCUGGAAGGUCUCAGCCCAGUGAGACUGGAGAUGGGUCCAGGCAGGGACAAAGACAGAGCUCGAAUGAGUGUGAAGAGUCCAUCCCAGGUCCAGGAGAACCACCUUGUAGGAACACGCAAGGAGAGAGGGCAUGGGCAUGGAAAUGGACAUGGGCACCAUUCUGAGCACAGGAGACAAGGGAGCCGGCGUGAAAAGGGGCGUCACAGAAAAGGGUUUUCUCCAGAGCUGAGCUCUGCAUUGAAGGACAGAGAUCUAUUUGAGGAUCCUCUCUCCUCCUCUGCUUCUGCCACCUCCCCCUCCCUCAGCAUGACCCCACCCAAUGAACCCCCUUCCCCCAUCAUUGGCGUCUUUGGCUCCGGCUCUUCUACGGUUACCACGGUGAUGAACGAGCAUCCCCCAACGCUGUCCCCGGCCUCAACCAAACCCCAGAGGUCUGGACGAGGAAAAGGACAAGGAGAGGUGAUGCCAACGUUGGACAUGGCUCUCUUUGAUUGGACAGAUUAUGAGGACAUGAAACCCGCAGACAACUGGUCAUCUUCCAAGAAGAAAGACAAAAGGCGGAGUAAGAACCUCAGCAGUGGAAAUAUGACUGUGGAUGCUGAUGCAAUUGAACCAUGUGACCACCACCUGGACUGUCUUCCAGGUUCCUGUUGUGACCUGAGGCAACAUGAGUGUAAACCUCACAACAGAGGUCUCAACAACAAAUGCUACGACGACUGCAUGUGUGAGGAAGGGUUUCGUUGUUACGCUAAAUUUCACCGGAAGCGACGCGUGACCAGGAGAAGGGGUCGCUGCGUGGUGCCGGAGUCAGUCAGCAGUGACCAAGGGGGUUUCAUUACCAUAUAAAGAGGAGGUGGUGAAGGCCAAGGUGGAGGAAGAACAUAAAGAAUGACACCCCCCGCCCCCCGACCAAGGAGCCACAUGACCCUGCUAAACUGACCAAGUACUUAGAGGUGAUGACUUGCUGGUUUUUCCAAUCAAACCCACAAUAUAUAAAUCACCCUGCUGCCAACACCUAGUCAGCUAAAGCAAAGUAACAGGUGGCCAAAGUGGAAAUAACAUUUCAAUGUUGCAUUGUGGGAUACGUUAUGCAGCCUAAUCCAGCAAAUCACCAACUUUAAGCACACUUGUUUUAAUUUAGUGUUGUUCAUUCCCUGCAGGAAGACGGCCUCUCCAAAUUCUUUUCAUUAAGAAAGCCUGCAGUUUUUUUGUCUUUUUAUUUGCCUGGUUGAAAAGAUUCACUCAUUGGGUGACACAUCAGUGACUGAAGUUUGUAGCUAUCACACAGAUUAGGUUUUAAUAUUUACUGCCUUCAUGGUUCCUGUUGAUGUGGUUUAAUUUUUAGGCAAGAACAGAUUUUGUAAGUUUUCAUCACGCUGACCUGUUCAAAAUAAUUUUUAGUAUUGCUUUAAGAUCUUUGGAGUCCCAGAACAGUGGCUUUUACCGCUUCAAGACUUUUAGACCAAGUUAAAUAAAAAUGGAAACAAAAUAAUGUUAAAAAAAAUGAUUUUCUCUUGGACUAUUUGCCGUGACUAUGUGAAGAAGCGUGUCAGAUUUCGUUCCCCGUCCUCUUCUCUGAGCUGGUAUUCCAAACAACUGCUAAAAGUUAUUUUUUAAAUAUUAUCUAAACUGGUCUGCUGUCCUGUACUGUAUAUAUGAAUGUGUUUGAAUUACCAACACCUUUUUUAAUUGACACCACUGUUAAAAAUGUGCUUAAUGAUAGUAAGAUAAACAAAAUGCUUGUCUGACCUUCCAUUUUACAUGUUUGUUUUAUUUAUUCAGUACUCAAACACGUGUUUAUAUAUUCAGUUCUUCUGCCUGUUUUUAUUUUUACA